CCGGGGUGGGGGGAGCCGGAGGGGCGGGCGGAGGAGGCGUCGAGGCCCUGAGCUACCCCGGAGUUUCUUUCUACUGGUGGCAAAAGUCCACGGCGGGCGGGCUGAGGGAGGGGCGGAGGAACGGGGCUGCUUUGAGGGCACUGGGAGCCGGGGAUACUCCCGAGCGCGGGCGCGGAGGCUGGGGGAGGGGGCGCGGUGGGAGGAGUAGAAGACAAAAGCCGAAAGCGUAGAGAGCCCGGGCGGCGCACACCGGCCGGCCUGCAGGGCGCCGUCUGUGCAGCGAGCAGCCGGCGCGGGGAGGCCGCGCUGCACCGGGCAGCCCGGUCGCAGGCAACAUGGGGAAGGGGGGGAACCAGGGCGAGGGAGCAACGGAGAGCGAGUCGCCGAUGCCCACCUUCAGCUGGGAGGAGAUUCAGAAGCAUAACCUGCGCACGGAUAGGUGGCUCGUCAUCGACCGCAAGGUUUACAACAUAACCAAAUGGUCCAGCCGGCAUCCGGGGGGCCUCCGGGUCAUCGGGCACUACGCGGGGGAAGAUGCUACGGAUGCCUUCUAUGCUUUCCACCCUGACCUUGAUUUUGUGCGCAAGUUCUUGAAGCCCCUGCUGAUUGGUGAGCUGGCCCCGGAGGAGCCCAGCCAGGACCGCGGCAAGAACUCUCAGAUCACCGAGGACUUCCGGGCCCUGAGGAAAAUUGCCGAGGACAUGAACCUGUUCAAGCCCAACCACCUGUUCUUCCUCCUCCUCCUGGCCCACAUCAUCGCCAUGGAGAGCAUCGCGUGGUUCACCAUCUUUUACUUUGGCAAUGGCUGGAUUCCUACCCUCGUCACGGCCUUUGUCCUUGUUAUCUCUCAGGCCCAAGCUGGAUGGCUGCAACACGAUUAUGGCCACCUUUCUGUCUACAAGAAGUCCAUAUGGAACCACAUUGUCCACAAGUUCGUCAUUGGCCACUUAAAGGGUGCCUCCGCCAACUGGUGGAACCAUCGCCACUUCCAGCAUCAUGCCAAGCCCAACAUCUUCCGCAAGGAUCCAGAUGUGAACAUGCUGCACAUGUUUGUCCUGGGCAAGUGGCAGCCCAUUGAGUACGGCAAGAAGAAGCUGAAAUACCUGCCUUACAACCACCAGCACCAGUACUUCUUCCUGAUCGGGCCGCCGCUGCUCAUCCCCAUGUACUUCCAGUACCAGAUCAUCAUGACCAUGAUCGUGCGCAAGGACUGGGUGGACCUGGCCUGGGCCAUCAGCUACUAUACCCGUUUCUUCUUCACCUACAUCCCUUUCUACGGCGUGCUGGGAGCCUUCGUCUUCCUCAACUUCAUCAGGUUCCUGGAGAGCCACUGGUUUGUGUGGGUCACGCAGAUGAAUCACAUCGUCAUGGAGGUUGGCCAGGAGUCCUACCGAGACUGGCUCAGCAGCCAGCUGGCAGCCACCUGCAACGUGGAGCAGUCCUUCUUCAACGACUGGUUCAGUGGGCACCUCAACUUCCAGAUCGAGCACCACCUCUUCCCCACCAUGCCCCGGCACAACUUCUACAAGAUCGCCCCGCUGGUGAAGUCUCUGUGCGCCAAGCAUGGCAUCGAGUACCAGGAGAAGCCGCUGCUGCAGGCCCUGCAGGACAUCAUCAGGUCCCUGAAGAAGUCUGGGCAGCUGUGGCUGGACGCCUACCUCCACAAAUGAAGCCACAGCCCUCGGCGUGCCCGUGGGGGUGACGGCCACAGGAAGGGUGGGCUUUUGUUCCAAGGGGUGUCCAUGAGGCUGGAGUACAUGCCACUUGUGGACCCCAUGUUUGCUCUUUCUCUUCUCCUUCCCUUCACUUCUCCCCCAAACUCUGUCCUCAUGGGCCUGCCCUCUGCCAGCCUGGCCCUCUCUCCCCGACCUCACAGCCCCUUCUCCCCAGGAGCAGAGAGGGGUGGCCACGGGAGGUGGCACUGUCCCUGCCUCCACCCUCUGCCCCUAAAGAUUGAAGGAGACCAGAGGUCCACGAGUCUGGCUCUCCUUGUGGCCUGGCCACCAGGCCUCACACUCUCCCCUUUUGUCCCUCAGACGCUCUCGGGAUCCACGGAGUAGGGUCCUCGGUGGCAAGGGUCCGACCCUCCAGGCCUGGCUGUGCUCUCCACAUCGGCCACCACUGGUCUGUGCUUUGUAGGGAGGCCCCACAGCUGGGACCAGUGGGGCCUCCCUUCAGAUGUCAGGACCCUGGGCCUGCAGCACAGCUAGCUCAGACCUUGGGGCCCAGGGAAAUGUCCUCCCGCACCCACCACUGGAGCUCUCUGGCCCUGGGCUUGUGCAGGCCCCAUUCCACCACGUUCUCAACUCGAGCCUAUGCCCUUGCCACCAAGGGGAGUCCCUGGUGUGGGCUCAGCAGAGAAGAUGGCCAGGUUGGGGGAAGGGCCAGCCGGCCUUGUUCAGAUUGUUGUCUUAGUUGAGAGGCCCAAGAUUAAAGAGCAGUCAGACCGUUUUCCCAAGUGCUCUGUCACCUGCUGGAUGGUGACAGCCAACCCUGGCUACUGGGCCCAAGUCUUGGGCCCUGCAGGCUGUUCCUGUCUGCGCUGUCUGUUCUGAACCUUUUGCUCCAGGAUGCAUUCCGAUAGGAGCGGGCAGGGGCUGGGCCUGUGACAAUCUGUCCUUUACCACGUGGCCUCGCCAGCCUCCCCCACGCCCAGUGGGCUGAGCUGGGCUUGCUCACGGCGGCCGGGGUGGCCCCGACAGUCAGGGCCUCUAGGCAGGAGGCAGAGCAGGAGGGAGGCUCAGGAGGAGGCAGCCCUGCACAGCCAGGGGACGGGGACCUCAUGAGGGCUGAGCUGAAGCCGAGAAGAGGAGCAGGUGGAGGCUGGAGGUGAGGGCAGCCAAGAGGCUGGGCAAGUGGGAGGGAGGGGACGUCUUGCCGCUGGGAGGGAUCCUGAGCUGCUGCGUUCAAAAUCUAACCCACUAACCAAUAUUUAGAUUCAGGGGAGGGGUGGGGCAUGAACGACUCAGAGAGGGGACCAGCAUCUAGUGUUGACAGACCUCUGGGUUGCCAUGGCAACAGGGCCCACUUCGGCCCCCCUGCCAGCUACCGUAUGGCAGGAGGAAUCCAUAGGGAACUGAUCUUAAUUUUUAUCAUGUUGCUUCCCCACCCCUACAUUUUUUGGAAAUAAAGGAAGUAAUUUUAUUCUCA